AUGGAGAUCACUGACGGCAAAAGGAGGAUUACUACUUACAUUCCAGAAAAUUACAUCAGCAUCCUUCAGCUCCGGGAGCGUUGGAUCAACGAGAAAGAGCGGAAGCGAAAGGAAGAAGAAGAAAAAGAAAAAGAAGAGGAAGAGAGACGACGGAAACAACUGGCUGAAGAACAGCAAAGGAUAGAAGAAGAUCUGAAGAAAUCGGAGAUUAAAGGAAAACGGGAGGAUAUCGAUGAAAAGCGUUUGAGUCUAAGUAAUCGGAAGCACUGGGGCGAAAAUAGAAAGGAUAAGGAGUCGUCUAUUGACGGCGGAGAAUCAAUAUGCGCCGAGAAUGGGGCAACGGAGGCGAUCGGGAGCGAGAGAGUUGAAGAUGCGGCUCCGAGAGAUGAGGGUUUACCGAUGAAGAAUAGGGGGCGUAGGAAACGAUAUAAGAAGAAGGAAAAUAAAGAUGUGGCGGCUGUGAAGGAAGAUGUCGUCGACGAGUGUGGUUCAAUCGCGCCGCCUGAGUACGUCGUGGCGGAGAAUAAUACACCGGCGAAAGACGCGACUUGGGUUUACAGGAAGAAACCAGAAGAGGCGACGGGAAAUAAAACUGUUACGGACAUGGAAACUCAUUCUGAGGAUCUUUUUAUCAAAAGAGGAGAAACCAAAAACCUAAAGGCACAAACCAGAUCGAGUCACCGUAAUCGGUUAAACCAGAGGCAUGAUUUGCAUCCUCAGCGUGUGGCUGUAGAAGAGGUUGUCGGCGAAUGUGGAACGGAGAAAUAUGCUUCGGUGAAAGAUGGGAUUCGAGUUCAUAGAAAGAAGGGAGAAAAAGCCAUGGGGAAGAUAAGUGUUGAAUCUCGUAAGAAUGCUGUUAUUAUGGAUGAUGCGACGGCCAUAGAAACACAAUUUGAGCAUCUCUCAAUCAAAAGUGGAGAAACCGAAACCAAAAAUCGGAAGGCACAAACCAAAUCGAGUAACCGUAACCGGCCAAACCAGAGGGAUGCUACAAUGGUGUGGGUGAAGAAAGAGCAAAACGAGAGAGAUGGUGAUGGUAUUGGAAAUGGCGUGUAG